UUCUUCUCUCCUCGCGUUCUCGGUUUUGUUUAAAAAACUUUUGUUGCAUUUAUUAUGUUUUUUGUUGCCCAUCUUCUUCUCUCCACUGCUGUUGGGAUCUGAAACCCCCUCUCCUUGCAAACAGGCGGAAAUCCAUCCGCUCAAAGCGGUUUCGAUCUCAGAGCGGCCCACGUCUAACCUCUACUCCCUCUACCUUCUUUAUUUUUCUUUUUUGCUAGUUUCUUAUUCUUUUUCUUUCUUCUCUCUUCUUUCCUUCUUGGUUCUGCUGCUUCUUAUUUAUAAUCCGAAGGAGAAAAUUGGAAACAAAUAUUUUUAGUUAGAAAAAUCUCGGUGUAUCAAAACCAAUAACAGAUCGCUCACUCGGUCUUUCUUUCUUUCUUUUUUUUUUUUCUCUCUCUCUCUCUCUUUCUGUCUUUCACUCGUCGCCGUCUUCUUUGAAGACGGCGCCGGGCGAAAUCGUUCGAGAGAUCUCCUCCGGCGAGGUCUUUAGAACGAUUUGUGCUCUCUCUCUCUCUCUCUCUCUCUCUCUCUCUCUCUCUCUCUCUCUCUCUCUCUUUUGAAGCUUUCAGACUGGUAGAAUGGAAGGGCGAGGAGAUAGGGUUUGGAUCUAAUCCUCUAUUGUUUGAUCGUAGAUUCUAAGUUCCCAUUUGUCUUCCGGCCGGAGACGAGAAGGACGUGGCAACGAGGAGAACAGAGAGAGGUUUCUUGGAGUUGAAGGAAGACCGCGCGGCUUUCUUACAAGAAAAAAAUUGGAGGUAGAGGAGGAGAAGCGAUGUCGUCAUCGAACUCGCCGUGCGCGGCGUGCAAGUUCCUGCGGCGCAAGUGCACGCCGGGGUGCGUCUUUGCACCCUACUUCCCACCGGACCAGCCGCAGAAGUUCGCCAACGUGCACCGGGUCUUCGGAGCGAGCAACGUCGCCAAGCUCUUGAACGAGCUCCCGCCGGUUCAAAGAGAAGAUGCUGUCAAUUCGCUCGCCUACGAGGCCGAGGCGCGGUUGCGCGACCCAGUUUAUGGCUGCGUUGGCUACAUCUCCAUCCUCCAGCACAAGCUCAGGCAGGUCCAGAACGACCUCUUCAAUGCUAAAAAGGAGCUCUCGGCCUACAUUGGCCCCGCCGCCCUAGGCCCAUUCCUUCCCUACGCUGGCCCCGAUCACCACCACCAGGCCGCUCCUGUCGGCGCUAUCCACCACCAUCCCCAGUAUCACCACUUCCAAGGGGCUUCAUCAUCAUCGGCGCCACCCUUCGGGGUUCCGGGAAUGGGGAUGGGGAUGGGAAUGGGGCUGGCUUUGGCGGCCGGGGAAGGUACCUCUGCAUCGCCGCACCAUGCGCAGAUGCUGAUGAGAGAGCAGCAGCAGCAGCAGCAGCAGCUGGCGGAGGUGGCGGCUGCUGCCGCUCGAGAGCAAGAGAUGCUGAGAAGCUACGAGCAGCAGCAGCAAGAGCUCGCAAGAUUUGGUACUGGGUACACUGAUGGGCGAGGUUUUAAUCAGAUGGUGGGCGGCAGCGCAACAGCAGCAGUGGCUGCCGGGCAGCCAUCAGUGCUGGCGCUGUUUUCGCCACAACCAAUUGAGACUCCAUUUCUAUUCCCCCAGCAGCAGCAGCAGCAGCAGCAGUAUGCCGAGCAGCCACAGCAGCUGCAACAGCCGCAACCGCAUCACCGACGAGCUGGGAGUGAUCAUGAGGGGAGGGGGGGCAUUGGUCCAUCUUCUUGAAGAAAGAGUUCAAAUCUCAGCUAAUUUAGCAAGAAGGUUAUUGUUCUUCAAUUUGUAGGCAGUUCUUCUCGUCUCCCCCCCCACCCCCCUCCCCCCGGCGACUCCUGGCGCGGAGUAUUCUCCUUCCUCAAAGGGCCUUUCUGCAAGCAAAGAGAGAUACACUUGGCUGGAAAAGUUGAUAAACAGAGAGAUAGAGGGAAAAAGGAAAAGAUGACGCUGUAAAGCAGCAGCAGCAGAUGGCGAAGAAUGGGGCAGCAUUGCUUACCAAAAAACAGAAAAGGAAUGGUGCAACAGUGGCGUCACGGGUAGCAGCCAAAGCACAGAGAAAUAAAUCAGAAGAAAAGUCUCUCGCUAGUACUCCUUGUUCUUAUACGAUCGCAAAAAAAAGAUCUCAUUCCCCUUAUUAGCACCUGUUUAAGAAUAGUUUUUGCUUCUGGGCUGAUGUUUUUGGUAUUCAUUCGGUCCUUAUCCUUAUCUGGGUACAUUACCUAUCCUUUAGGGAUUUCAUAGUGUAAUGCCUCCUCGGAGAUCAUCCUUUUCUUCCUUUCUUAUUGGUUAACAUUUAAUUUUUAUUUCAUGUUGCUUUCUUGUGGGUUUUGAUUCUGUGCUGUGGCCGGUCACAGCCUGCCUGCGGAAAUAGACUUGCGUAUAGAGAAAGUUUAGGUGUAAUGAAUGCCUUUUGAUC